AUGCGGAAACCUCAACAGUUACUUCUCGGGCAGGGAUCCAUGUCGAGGACAGAGAGGACGUUGCUGCUAAAGAUAGAUUGGUUCAUCCUGAGUUAUUGUUGUCUUAUGUAUUUCACGAACUACUUAGACAGAGCAAACGUCUCCAAUGCCUACGUUUCCGGGAUGAAGGAAGAGUUGAAUAUGGUAGGGAAUCAGUACAAUCAAAUAAAUACGCUCUUUACCUGCGGGUAUAUCGUUGGGAUGAUACCAAAUAAUUUGAUGCUCCAAAUCGUCCGACCGCGUAUUUGGCUGCCUGCGAUGCAGAUCAUCUGGGGAGUCCUCACAUUCUGUACCAGCGCCGUUACCAAUGUCCACCAAAUAUUCGCUAUCCGGUUCUUACAAGGCAUGGCCGAAUCGUCGACCUUUGUGGGCGUGCAUUAUAUCCUCGGCUCGUGGUAUAAGCCAGGAGAGCUGGGCAAAAGAUCGGCCAUCUUUACUUGUAGCGGACUUGUGGGGACACUAUUUUCGGGCGUGUUACAGGCGGCCGUAUACCAGAAUCUGAACGGGCAUGAUGGUCGAAGUGGAUGGCGCUGGCUGUUCAUCAUAGAUGGCGUCAUCACCCUUCCUAUCGCAUUGUAUGGAUUCCUCGUUUUCCCGGACGUUCCAGCCAUCACCAAAGCGUUCUACCUUUCGGAAGAGGAGAGACUGUUAUCGACGAAUAGGUUGGACACGGUGGAUACCGCACAUCACCCAUUAUCUUGGAACUUGGUCCGUCGUGUGCUGGGGAGGUGGCGAUAUUAUGCUUGCAGCGCGCUGUUCGCGAUCUCGGGAGAAACUGAGAGCUUUGGCUCGAACAAUCUCAUGGGUCAAUGGCUGAAGGCGAUAGGUGGAUACUCCGUCGAGAACAUCGACUACUACCCGUCCGGUGUGACAGCCUUCGGAAUCGCAUCCACUUUGAUCUGCGCAGUGUGGACAGACCGCAACCAAGCUCGGUGGCCCGUACUCGUCUACAUGUGCAUCUGCUGCAUUGUAGCAUCGAUAUGCAUACUAGUGUGGAGUAGUCCCACGGGGCUCAAAUUCUUUGCGUAUUACCUCGCGGGAGCCUCUUAUGCGGGACAGGCCACGACUUUCGCGUGGGCGAACCAGAUAUGCGCCGACGAUGAUCAAGAACGAGCGAUAGUCCUAGCAUCGAUGAACAUGUGGAACAACGUAAUCAAUGCCUGGUGGCCCCUCGUCUUCUACCCUGCCACCGACGCCCCCCGCUUCAAAAAGGGUAUGAUCGCUAUGCUCGCCGUAGCGGCUGCCACGCUUGUCGUGACGUGGCUUGUGUGGUACCUUGAACGGAGGGAGAAGAGGAUUGCCGCGCUGAAUUCGCACGAGGUCGAGGGGGAGACGAGAAGUGCUGGCGGGAGCAGGGAGGGUUCGAUGGUGGGAGUUGGGGAACAUGAUCUGAAUGACGGUCCUAAACCCGGGAGCAGAGAAAAGGAUCAGAAAGAUGGGGGUGGUGGUGGCGGGCGGGAGCAUGAUAGAGAAGACGUGAUGGAAAAAGAGACGGAAGAUGUGGAUGCGUAG